GCAGCGCCUGCGCGGUCGGCCUGCCGGCCUGUGCGCGGGGCCGGGUAGCGCCCGGGUGCCACUGCUGGCGUGGUCGCGGUGCCUCCCUCACUCCCCUCCCUCCCCUCAGCGCCGGCCCCUUCCUCCUUCCGCAGGGCCCUGCGGGUGGUUUGAAAUUCACCGCAGUCUCUCACCCGAGUUCUCGGUGUGGCUGUAAGCGCCAGGCUCUGAAGGGGAGGAGGCAAGAGCGCGGGGCGGGGAAGAGGGGGGCGGCCUGGGGCGGUGCGGCUUGUCUGUGCCAACAGCUCCGGUUCCUGCAGCCCCUCACGGGGAAGGGGCGGGAGGGGGCGGUGGAGGAGGUGAAGCGAGGUAGCAGCUGGAAGGUCCGUGUCUGGCGGGCACCGUGGUCCGGUCUUUGGGCGUGGGGAGUGAGGGAAGGAAGGAGCCUGAGCCGAUUCCGGGACCCACGAGCCCCUCGCACCCGUGGAAGCGGUGGAGGGCAGAGUGAAAAAUUCCCCCUCCGUACUGAGGCGUCCCGGUGCUGCGGCAGGCUGGCCCGCAGGUCCAGAUAAUAAAAAUGGGAACUCCUGGAUCAGGACGGAAGAGAACUCCAGUGAAGGACAGGUUUUCUGCAGAAGAUGAAGCUCUGAGUAACAUUGCCAGAGAGGCAGAAGCCAGACUUGCAGCCAAACGAGCAGCUCGAGCAGAAGCAAGAGAUAUACGUAUGAGAGAGCUGGAGCGACAGCAAAAAGAGGAAGACUCAGAGAGGGCCAGGUAUUCUCACCAGUCCAGUCAACAUUCAUAUUUGGUUUGUGAUGAAGCUUUAAGUCUCCCAAGCAUUAGCAGUUUUAAUCAUUAUUUUAAUCAUGUUUACAGUGAAUCUCAUAGUUCAAAGAAGAAAGCUUAUUCCCAUAAAGAUUUAUUGAGUGGAAUUUACUAUGAUCAAAGAAAUUAUAGCAGCCUUGGAUAUAGUAAAUCAGUUCCUUCCUACCAUAUUCGGUCGUCUGCUCUAUACAGUUAUCCAGUGGCACCAACUAGGAUUUACAGGCCAUCUGAAUACAGUUAUUCCUCAAGAGCAAGCUCAGUCCGAAGUAGUCCUGUGUCCCCUGAUUUUUCUGAUCAAAGUGAAACUGCUGCUGACUAUUUUAGUCGUUCCAACCGCAGGGGAAGCAUUGUUUCUGAUACAGAUGAUGGCCAAGGCCUGAAUAGUCUGGAAGAAAAGAGUGAAAAAUCACAUUCAGAAUUAUUUUCAAGGCCCUCAUCUCGCAAUUCAGUAAGUGCAACUCCUCUGAGCGGCAAUUCGUCUAGGAGAGGAAGUGGAGAUGCAAGCAUUUUGGUGGAUCCUGAUGCCUCCCUCAGUGAAUUACGGGAUUCGCUAGCUGAAGUUGAAGAGAAGUACAAGAAAGCUAUGGUUUCCAAUGCUCAACUAGACAAUGAGAAAAACAACUUGGUUUACCAAGUGGAUACUUUAAAGGACGUUAUUGAGGAGAAAGAAGAACAGAUAGCAGAGUUCUAUAGGGAGAAUGAAGAGAAGUCAAAGGAAUUGGAAAGACAGAAACACACCUGCAAUAUUCUGCAGCAUAAGCUGGAUGAACUAAAAGAGGGCCUUCGACAGAGAGAUGAAUUGAUAGAGGCCCUAGAAAGACAGAAAGAUUACUUUGACUGCAUUAAGAAUGAGCGAGAUGAGCUCAGAGAGGAGUUGGCUGACCUGAAGGAAACAAUGAAGAGAGGAGAGAAACAUGGAUUAGUUAUAAUUCCAGAUGGCACACCAAAUGGUGAUGUAAACCAUGAAUCGGCGGUUGGUGCAAUAACAGUUGUGUCACAAGAAGCUGCUCAAGUCCUGGAAUCUGCAGGAGAAGGACCACUAGAUAUCAGGCUACAAAAACUGGCUGGAGAAAAGGAGGAAUUAUUGUCCCAGGUUAGAAAACUGAAGAUGCAGUUAGAAGAAGAACGACAGAAGUAUUCUAAAAGUGAUGGCAUGAAUCCAGAUAUCAUAGGCUUAGAGAAUGGUUCUGACUUGCAGCUAAUUGAAUUGCAAAGAGAUGCCAACAGACAAAUUAGUGAAUACAAAUUUAAGCUUUCAAAAGCUGAACAGGAUAUAACUACUUUGGAACAAAAUAUUGGACGACUUGAGGGGCAGGUUGCAAGGUAUAAAAAUGCAGCAGAAAAUGCAGAAAAAGUAGAAGACGAACUCAAAGCUGAAAAGAGGAAGCUUCAGCGAGAGUUAAGAACAGCACUGGAUAAGAUAGAAGAGAUGGAGAUGACCAAUAGCCAUUUAAUGAAAAGGCUGGAGAAGAUGAAGGCAAAUAGGACUGCGCUUUUAUCUCAACAGUGAAGUUGGAAAUUGAAAAUACAAUGCACUGCUCCUUGAAAACUACCCCCUAGGUUGUUUAUGAAUACAGAUUUUCAUUGGCACAAACUAUUUAAACACUGAGCUGUUCACUGAUGGUUUAAUUUCAUAAUUAAAUUACAUACUUUUUGUAACUUAUGAGAGAAAGAAAUGUAGUUUGAAUUCCCAUGUGAAUUACAGCAAUUUUUCAGUAGCAUUUGAUUCUAGAGUCAAAGAUGGAGCACAAUGCUCCAUUUUCUAGCGAUAGAAAAUAUUUUUACAACGGUGGAAUCAAGUUUAUUCACAAUCUCCCUUGGCUGCUUUAAUGAUGCUUGAUGCUCAGAGACAGCUGCAUGAAUUCAAGAAGACACUGUAUUACUGUACUACAAAACUAACAUGUAUUUGCUUAAGACAUCACACAGCACAAGUGCCUUUUAUCCGGUGCAAUUUAGACUUCAUUGUUGAAAUAGCCUUUGAAAACAGAUAGCAUUUUAUUUUAGGAUACAUUUGGGGUAUUCACUAAACUUUUUACAUUUUGAAAAUACAUUUUUGUAAAAUAUUUAAAUUUGUAAGAAAAAAUAGGGACUGUAUAUAAAAAUCUGCUUUUUUUGCAUGGGCACAUCUGACUUCUAGGUAAUUUCGUCAAAUACUAGCCCCUAAUACUCUUAGUAUUAAGAGUGCAGAUUUAAAAGCUUAUGUUGUACACCAUCAAAUUAUAUGUCAUCUGCUUAAGUGCGAAUUGAAAUUUUAUGGUGGGAGGAAGGGGGUGGGAAAUGUGGCUAAGGAAUUUAUUAAAUGGACACUUUACUGACC